AAAUUUACACAGUUAAACCCUGAACAGCAGUAACUUCAGUUGCAACUUCAAUAUGAAAAUUCCAGUGGUAAUUUCUUUGCUGAUCUGCCUGAUGAGUGAGGCAUUUGGAGGCCCAAAUUAUUGUGAUCCCGAUUUAUGUGGCGAAGGCGAGACACAUGUGGGAUGUGGUUCAAUUGGAUUCGCCGACAGCUGUCCCGACAAUGUGCGUUACCUGGACGUUGAUCCGGAUGUCGUCGUUAAGGCACAUAACGACGUGCGUCAGAAAUGGGCCAGUGGAAAGGGUAAAGUCAGGGUCGAGGCCUGUCGCAUGGCAACUGUAAGCUGGGACGAUGAGUUGGCCAAAUUGGCGGAGUACAAUUUACAACAGUGUCAGAUGGAGCACGAUGAAUGCCACAACACGUAUAAGUUCAAGAGCUCCGGACAGAAUCUCUUCUACAAGAGUUUAAAGGGCGGAAAUGCUCCCGAAGUACGAGAUAUCCUCGAAGAGGCUAUUGCAGAUUGGGAGAGUGAAGGGCGCUUCGUCGAUGCUAAAAUUCUUGCAGCAUAUCCCGAAAAUUACAAUGGACCCGCCAUUGGCCACUUUAUUCAGCUCGUCCAGGAACUUAAUGUUGCCGUCGGUUGUGCCGUUUCCAACUAUAACGAUGAAAGAAACUAUAACACUUUUCUUCUAGCAUGCAACUACGGCAGAAGCACCAUACCAAACACGCCCGUCUACAGAGGAUGCAAGAAGGCGGCCAUCGAAUGUGAGAGCGGCACCAAUCCCGACUACCCGGCACUCUGCUCAUUGAAAGAAAAGGUCAAAUUCAACUAAGAAAUAGACCCUAUAUAAAUCUCUUCGUCGACUGUGGUCUCCCCAAUACAACAACUGCCUAUAACUUUAUAAUAUUUGAAAAUCUAUUGCAAAUUUAAAUUAAA